AACGCGGAGUUGUGACGGGCUUCGGACCUUUUCCGCUAUGCGAUCGCGUCUGUUUUGAUUGGAGCUUUGAACAAGAAGCUGGAAGAUAUAUAUAUAUAUCAGACCACGACAACUCUCUUACUAUGUUCUCUCUGCAUCACUAAAUCAGAACUAACCUUCACUUAAACACACCGAGCCAGAAAGAUCCAACACUUCUGCAAACUCCCAAAAUCUCAUCCGUCAAUUACCCAAACACCAAACCUCCUGGUAGCUCAACCAAACCAAUCCCACCAACAAACAACCUUCCAACACAGCACCUUCUUUCUCUACCUCCCCUCCAAAAAUGUCCUCAACCCUCCAACCCCUCCCAAUUCGCCUCGCCCAAACCCUCGGCCUAACCUCCUCCCUCCUCCUCGCCGGCCAAACCCUAACCCUCUCCACCUUCCUCAUCCCGCGCCUCCUCGACUCUCCCACCCCCCUCAUGCUCCGCCAAUGGAACGCCAUGUACCAAUCCGGCAAGAAGCAAGGCCCGCCCUUCGCCCUCGUCUCCGCGCUCUCCUACUGGUAUCUCGCAUAUCAUUCUUCCUCGUCCAGCAAAACCACCGCGUAUGCUGUGGCCGGAGCGUUGGCUAUUGGGAUAGUGCCGUAUACGCUGUUGUUUAUCAAGGGGACGAAUGUCAAGUUAUUGGAGAAGGUGGGGGAGACGAAGAGUUUGGGGAAAUUGGAGGAGGUUACUGAGGUUGGGUUAGGGAAUCAGAGUGCGCAUGCGUUGGUUGAUUGGUGGGGGAUGUUGAAUUUAGGGAGGGGGAUGCUGGUUGUUGCUAGUGGCGUAUUGGGAACUUGGACUGCGUUGAAUUAAAGGCGUGACGUGAUUGGAAAGCUUGGGAUAG